UAUAACCCCCUAUUUCACCAACAGACGAUUAGGCAAAUCGCAGGAUUAAUAACUAUCACUAAUACAGGAUUACUGAUUUUGCGUUCCACCAUUCUAAGAUUAGACGUAAUCUGGCAUUAGUAACUAAUCCACCAAAUUCGGGCGAUUAGUGUACUAAUCUCGGCAAACAUGGCGGAAGAUUUGUCUUACUUUGCAGAGUAUGUGUAUGAAAACGAAAUAAUACAAAAUUACUUUCGAAUUCCACGACGAUUAGUUUGUGAUCGAUCCAAUCCUAUUGAAAAGCUUGACGAUCAACUGUUUAUCGAAAGGUAUAGGCUUUCUAAAAGAACUGUUAUACUUGUAUGUGACGAAAUCAAGCACCUCUUGCCAUCAUAUAAUACAAGAAGAAACCAUCCUAUAUCGCCUCUAUUGCAGUUAUUGAUCACUUUACGUUUUUAUGCCACUGGAAACUUUUAUCACGAAGUGGGAGAUCUGACUUCAACAUCGAAAUCAAGCGUAUGUAGGAUAAUUAAAACUGUAUCUAAAGCUUUGGGGAGCCUUUCAAAAAAGUACAUCGCAUUUCCAUCGACCAUGCUGGAAUAUAGAAAAGUCAUUAAAAAAUUUUAUGAUAUUGCUAAGUUUCCAGGUGUUAUAGGUGCUAUAGAUUGUACUCAUAUUCCAAUUUCAUCUCCUGGAACAAAUGCAGAAUUAUUUAGAAAUAGGAAAGGUUAUUUUUCAAUCAAUACCCAGGUAGUCAGUGAUGCUAAUUUACUAAUAAGAAACUUAGUAGCAAGAUGGGCUGGAUCAGUACAUGAUUCUACAAUAUUUAAUAAUUCAGAAUUAUGUCUGAAAUUUGAGAAUAGAGUUCCUCCUGUCACAUGCUAUCUUCUAGGAGAUGGUGGCUAUCCCUGCAAACCAUAUUUGAUGACACCACUUUUAAACCCAACAACAAAUACAGAAGUAAAAUAUAAUGCUGCUCAUAUUAAAACUAGAAACACAGUAGAGAGACUAUUUGGAAUAUGGAAGAGUAGAUUUCCUUGUCUAAGGUUUGGUCUUCGAACUAAACUAGAAACAUCACUUGUUAUUAUUGUUGCUACUGGUGUUCUCCACAAUAUAGCUAUACUAUGCAAGGAUGAUUCACUUGUUUUAGAUAUGGUUAUUCAGCCUGAAGAAUGUAAUGGAGAUGAUGCUAGGGAUUGGACUGUUCAAGGUGGAACAGCUGUUAGGAAUACACUAAUACAAGCUUUCAAUGAAUGAGAAAUAUGUAGUUAUUAAUUUCUUAUUGAAAUUUGUAUGUAAUUACAGACUUUGAUAUGCAUAAUUCAUAAAUAAAGCAUUAUAAAAUUCAAAUAAAACUUUUGUAAAAUAAUUUUUUUUUUGUAUAA